AACAACUUCCUCACGCGAAGGGUCGCGUUUCCUGCGCACGCGCAAUAGUUCCUCCCUCUUGGGUUUCUUCGAUUGUUAGAAGACCAAAGUAGUUCCUUGACGAAGAAGUCGUGUAAUUUUCUCGCGAAUCAAGUUUCUUAAAUUAAAAUAAAAUGGCACCUCCACCAACAUACAGUGAUUUGGGAAAAGAUGCUCGAAAUGUUUUUGGAAAUGGUUAUCAUUUUGGUCUCCUAAAAUUAAACGUUAAAACUAAAACUGAUUCUGGUGUUGAAUUCACCACUGGCGGUGUUUCAAAUCAGGACACUGGCAAAGUUGUCGGCAAUUUGGAGAGUAAAUAUAAAAUCAAAGAAUAUGGAAUUACAUUCGCUGAGAAAUGGAAUACGGAUAAUACUCUUGGCACUGAGGUUUCAAUUGCUGAUAAACUAUUGAAAGGAUUACAACUUACUUACAAUUGUACAUUCUCUCCUCAAACUGGAAGCAAAACUGGACAAUUGAAGACUGUCUAUAAAAAUGAUAGUGCAGCAAUUACCUCUGAUCUUGAUCUCAGUCUUUCAAGUGGUCCCAUCGUUAAUGGAUCUUUUGUACUAGGAUUCCAAGGUUGGCUUUGCGGUUACCAAACUUGUUUUGAUUCCCAAAGGAGCAAAAUUACUAAGAAUAAUCUUGCACUUGGAUUCAAUGGUCCUGAUUUUACAAUUCACACUUCCGUGAGCAACGGUCGCGAAUUCGGAGGAUCAAUUUAUCAUAAAGUGAAGCCAGGCUUAGAGGGAGCAAUUAAUUUGGCCUGGAAUUCCAGCAAUAAUGUCACUGAAUUCGCACUCGGUACAAAGUACGACCUCGAUCAAGACGCCUCUGUCAGAGCCAAGGUCAAUUCUCAGCUUCAAAUUGGAUUGGGAUACCAACAGAAGCUUCGUGAAGGAGUUAUUCUGGCUCUGUCAACGAACAUCGAUGGCAAGAACUUUGGAUCCGGUGGACACAAGCUCGGCUUAUCAUUGGAGCUUAAUGCCUAAAUUUUAUCAGUGCGGAAAAUGAAGAAUCAAUUUUCCCCUGGCGUUAAUAUAAUUUUCGUAACACUUGUGUCGUAAGGACAACAGAUUUCACCAGAAGCUUAUUCAGAAGAAAAAAAAACAAGAGGAAAUAUUGCCUGUAACGUAAUCUAGGUAGAAUUUCACUUAAACAAUUUCAGCUCAAUUAUAUCAGAAAAUAAUUUGAUUUAUCGAAUUAUUAUUAUUAUUAUCAUUAUUAUUCGAAUUUAUCGAAUGUCGAAUUAUUAUAAAUGACGAAUUUCUUCUUCAUUGUCAAUAAUUUUAACGCCAUUACGAUAAUAUUAUCAAGUGACAGAAGAAAUGAUUUCUUUCAGAAUAAAAAGGAAAAAUAGAGAAAAAAAAGACAAAUGAGAUAAUUAUUAAUGAUAAUGAAAAAUAAUUCCUAGGGGAAAAUAAAAAGAAAAGAAGAAAUCUUACAGAUUUGUAAGUUUUACGAAUUUUCCUAAAUAGAUAAAAAAAAAAGUAUUCAAUCAUUGUUAUAGGACCGAGUCUAUGUGUAAUUUUCAAAAAACAUUUAAAUAAAAUGGAAAUUCCUCGUCGAGUUCAUUGAACAUAAAAAUUUUCCGAAUGUAGUUCUGUAAAUAGAUAUUAUACGUAAAUAUUUACGAGACUUAAAUAAUGAAUUUUAAUCUUUUUUUUUUUUGUUUGAUUUUCUCGUAAUUUUUGAAUAGCGAAAAUAUUUUACGACUCUGUUAAUUCUAAGCACAUUGUAAUUAUCUCUUCUUCAAAACAUACCAAUUUACAUUGUGCAAAAAAAAAAGUAUUUGAGCAUGAUUCGAGUAUUAGAAAGAAAACUCCAAUUUUAUUUCUAUUCAUAAUCAAAAAAAAAAAAAAAAAAAUGAUCGUUUGUAGUUUAUAUUUGAGCGAAUGCCUUUGGAUAGUUGCUGAAAAAAAUAAAAAUAAGACACAAUUGUUAAA